GUUGUGGAAGGUUGUGUCUGGUGUGAGGGUGUGUGGAGGGGUAACGAAUGUGGCUUUUAUGUCUGGUGUGAGGGACAACGAGUGGGGUGGAUUGUGUCUGGUGGGCAGGGGCUGUGCAAGGGGUAAUGAGUGGGGGAUUUGUGUGUUGGGCAGGGGGUGUGUGAGGGGUAACAGGUUGUGUCUGAUGAGAGGGUGUGUGUGAACAGUUACAAGUGGAGGGGUUGUGCCGUGUGAGGGUCAACGAGUGUGAGAUUUUGACUUGGGAGAGGGUUGGCUGGUCAGUGAUUGGUAAUGCUGAGGGAGUUGGUUACACAUGUUAUAUAUGAAUCCCUAGCUUGUAGAUAUUGAUGGAUAUCUACAAGAUAGAUAUUGUAGAUACUGUGGCUAUACUGGAUGAUUGAGAAUGUACCAAAGGGUUGAAGACUCCUGCUUAAAAAUCUAUUCAAUUCUGUCUACCAUAGCCCUUUUAUUCUCUGUACGUUUAGCUCCUGUAGUUAACUACCUUUACUUUAUUGUCACCAAACAUUUGAUACUAGAGCGUACAAUCAUCUUCGCGAUAUUUGAUUCUGCACUUCGCGCUCCCUGAAGUACAAAUCAAACCUUGUUCACAGAACCGAUACAAAGUGGGAGUAGCAACUCUUGUCAAUCUCAUUGGUGAGGAAUAGUUGUGAAGGAUCUGGAAUGGGAUAUGAUAUUGAACGAUUUAUCGGCUAUGUAAACGAAGGUCUUUUGUGUUGCAUUUGCCGAGAUGUGUUGGAGAAUCCAUUACAGGCUCCAUGUGAGCACGCCUUCUGUACAUCAUGUAUUCAUGGGUGGCUCAUACAGAACCAUAACUGCCCCGAAGAUCGGCAGACCCUGGACACAUCCAUGCUUCGACCACUAUUCAGGUACAUGCGAAAUGAUUUGAAUCGGCUACAGAUGUGGUGCAGAAAUAAACAACAUGGCUGUGAAACAAUCUGUUCUUUAGAAGCAAUUGACAGACAUGAAAGAGAAUGUGAAUACAGCUGGGUUCCCUGCUUAAAUGCUGGUUGUACUGUUCAAGUAGAACGACGCAAUCUGGAAUCGCACAUGGCAGUGUGUGAAUGCCGAAGCCGGGAGUGCUCUAAUGGUUGUGGUUAUGCCAUACUUAGUGCAGACGAUGCUCAGCACAAUUGUAUCGCGGAACUGAGGACAGAACUGGAAUUGCUUAGGUCUGAGAUGAUUUGUAAAGUUGAAGAAGUAAAGCAUGAAAUGGAAUCCCGUUUAGAUUCUCAAAGAAGACACAUGGUACAGAAAGAGAGCUUCCUGCAAAAUGAAAUCGAGGAGCUUAAAAGCCAGUUGUCUCGUGUGAUGUCGGAUAUGCGGACACUGGUAGCCGAAGAAAGGAAGCAUCGUCAGGAGGUGGAACAAGCCGAACUGGAGAAGAAGGAGCUAAUAGAGUUGUUGAGAAGCUGGAAUAAAGAGACCGGGCUUCUCAGUGGAGAAGGAAGCAGCAAGAGAAUCACAGCUGUUAGACCCCCCAACCGAAUGGAAAGCAUCAAACGCAAGCCUAAAGAGGUCACUGUUAUCUAAAUGAUGGGUUACUAAAUUAUCAUGAAAGCAUUUCCCUCAUGUUUGUUUUAAAUGGGUUCCAUUUUUUUUGCCUUGUCCAGUUAGAACACAGCAUUUAAUUCAGUACUACAUAGGACACUGUACAUUACAGGCCCUUCAACCCACACCCACCACUAAAUCUGUGUAUAAUAAAAACAAACCUCUCACAUCUUUCCUGCCCUCCCCACCAUACUUGCUUCCAAACACCUUAAAAUUAUGCCCCUUCAUAUUAGCCAUUUCAGCCCUGGGCAAGCAUCUCUGGCUGUCCUUUGUAUCCAUGCCUCUAUGUGUUGGACGUGGCCAAGUGGAUAAGGCAUCGGUCUAGUGAUCUGAAGGUUGCUAGUUUGAGCCUUGGCUGAGGCUGCGUGUGUGUCCUUGAGCAAGGCACUUAACUACACAUUGCUUUGCGACGACACCGGUGCCAAGCUGUAUGGGUCCUAAUGCCCUUCCCUUGGACAACAUGGGUGGCGUGGACAGGGGAGACUUGCAAGCUUGGGCAACUGCCGGUCUUCCUUAAAAAAAACCUUGCCCAGGCUUGCGCCUUGGAAACUUUACAAGGUCCAAAUCCAGGGUCUGUCGAGACUAACGGAGGCCUACCUAUCAAUGCCCUCUAGUCCAGGCAGAAUCCUGGUAAAUCUCUGCACCCUUUCUGCCACUUAAAUAAAGGCAGAACUGAUAUUCUUGCCCAACUUUCUUUUGAUGCCCAGCUUUUCUGCAAACAGAAAUGUAAUGAUCUUUGCUUGGCCUUAGCACUGGUCAAUGGAGUCACUUAAUUCACUGAAGUGCUGUGUUCAGUGUAUUUAAGGGAAAUUUGUUAAACUGUUGCUUGAAUGUCAUGUCUUCCUGAAGGAUAAAAUCCUAAUAAAUUAAGAGUGACUGAAUUUCAAACAAGAAAGAUUUUUGCCUUGUAGACUGCGGCUCUUUACAUUAGAACAAGUACUCAGUGGCCACUUCAUUCGGUACACCUGCACACUGGCUCAUUAAUGCAAAAAUCUAAUCAGCCUAUCAUGUGGCAGUAACUCAGUGCAUAAAAGCAAGAGGAAGAGGUUCAGUUGUUGUUCAGACCAAACAUUGGAAUGAGGAAGAAUUGUGAACUUAGAUCAUAAGAAAUAGGAGCAGAAUUAGGACAUUUGGCCCAAAGAGUCUGCUCUGCUAUUUCAUCAUGGCUGAUCCAAUUUCGUUCUCAGCCCCAGUCUCCUACCUUCUCCCUGUAUGCCUUCAUGCCCUGACCAAUCAAGAAUCUAUGAACCUCUGCCCUAUAUGUGCUUAAAGACUUGGCCUCUGCAGCUGUCUGUGGCAAAGAAUUCCACAGAAUCACCACUCUCAGACUAAAGAAACUCAUCUGUUCUAAAAGGAUGGCCCUUAGUUCUGAGGCUGCAUCCUCUAGUCUUAGACUCUUCCACCACAGAAAACAUCCUCUCCACAUCCACUUUAUUGAGGCCUUUCACUAUUCGAUAGGUUUCAUUGAGGUCACCACUCAUUCUUCCAAAUUCCAGUGCCCAGAGCCAUCAAGCACUCUUCAUCUGACAAGCCACUUGCGUAGUCUUUAGAACCCUCUCCAGUUUCAGAACGUCCUUUCUAAGUAGCCCAAAACUGUUCACAAUACUCCAAGUGAGGCCUCACCAGUGCUUUAUAAAGUCUCAAUAUUACAUCCUUGCUUUUAUAUUCUAGUCAACUUGAAAUGAAUGCUAAGAUUGCAUUUGCCUUCCUCACCACAGACUCAACCUGCAAAUUUAUCUUUAGGGAAUCCUUCACAAGAACUCCCAAGUCCCCUUUAAACCUUUUUUUGUAUUUGCUCUCCAUUUAGAAAACAGACAAUCCUUUUAUUUCUUCUACCAAAGUGUAUGACCAUACACUUCCCAAUACUGUAUUCCAUCUGUCACUUUGCCCAUUCUGCUUAUCUGUCUAUCCUUCUGUAGCCCCUCUACUUCUUCAAAACUACCUGCUUCUUUACCUGUCUCCAUAUCAUCUGCAAACUUGGCAACAAAGCUAUCAAUUCCAUCAUCUAAAUCAUUGACAUAUAAUGUAAAAAGAAUCAGCCCCUACACAGACCCACGAGACACCGGAAGCCAGUCAGAAAAGGCUCCCUUUAUUCCCACUCUUUGCCUCCUGUCAAUCAGCCACAGCUUUAUCCAUGCUAGAAUCUUUCCUGUAAUACCAUGGGUUGCAGCUUGUUAAGCAGCUCAUGUGUGGCACCUUGUCAAAGGCCACCUGAAAAUCCAAGUACUCAACAUCAGCUAAUUCUCCUUUGUCUACCCUACUUCAAGGAAUUCCAACAGGUUUGUCAAGCAAAAUUUUCCCUUGAGGAACCCAUAAGCAUCCAGGUACCCUGAGACUUCAUCCUUUAUGAUCAACUCCAACGUUUUCUCAAGCAGUGAGGUCAAACUAACUGGUCUAAAUUUCCUUUCUUCUGCCCCUCUCCCUCUUGAAGAGUGGAGAGACAUUUGCAAUUUUCCAAUCUUACAAAACCAUUCCUGAAUCUAGUGAUUCUUCAAUGAUCAUUACUAAUGCCUCCACAGUCUUUUUCAGAACUCUGGGGUGUAUAUGAUCUGAUCUUGUUGCAUCUCCAUCUUAAUAUCUUUCGGUUUCACUAAAACCUUCUAACUUCCCUCUUAAUUUUUGUUCUCUCGGGCUUUUGUGUUGGCUUUGACUUCUCUUGUUAGCCACAUUUGUGUCAUCUUACCUUUAGAAUACUUGUUCCUCUUUGGGAGUUUGAAUGGGGCACGACUGCGCAAGUGCAUGAAGGUUGGCCUCUGAGACAGUGGGAGAGUUUAAAAGGCAAACAGAUUAACGGAGCGGGCGAUGGAGUAGUGGGAGACAGAGUAGGAAGGCUUUGGCUCGAGAAGCUUCGGUGAGCAGAGGCUGAGGACGAACUUGCUCCCCAGUCAGGUAAGGCCGGUCAGCUCCUUUAAUUAAUCUAAUUAACUUAGAAGUAGGUCUUUUUUUCCCCUUGGCGAAUCGGCCCAGACAGAUGGAGGAACAGCAGGGCUCACUGAGCUAACGGUUUAAAAAGUUUGUGUGUUUGGCGAAUUAAAUAGGUGAGUAGACUUACUUUUCCUUGUUUCAUUCCUGUGGAAUUAGGUAGCAUGUCUGCAGGGUUAGUGCUUUGUUCAGUGUGUCAGAUGUGGGAAUCCUGGGAGACCUCCAGCCUCCCUGAUGGCCAAUUCUGUGCCAGGUGCACCGAGAUGCAGCUCCUCGGAGACCGUGUUAGGGAUCUGGAGCUGCAGUUUGAUGACCUACUGCUUAUUAGGGAAAGUGAAGAGGUGAUAGACAGGAGCUACAGGGAGAUAGUCAUCCCUAGGCUACAGGGGUCAGAAAACUGGGUGACUGUAAGGAGAGGGAAGGGAAAUGCCCAGAUAGUGGAGAUCACCCCUGUGGCUGCCCCCCUCAGCAACAAGUAUAUCGUUUUGGAUGCUGUUGAGGGGAACGACCUGACGGGACGGCCACGGUGACCGGGUCUCUGGCACUGAGCCUGGCGCUGUUGUGUAGGAGGGAAGGAGGGAGGAUUGCAGUAGUCAUAGGGGAUUCCAUAGUCGGGGAACAGACAGGAGAUACUGUGAGCCUGAUGGAGAUACCCGCAUGGUGUACCCCCCAGGUGCCAGGGUACGGGAUGUCUCCAAUUGGGUCCAGAAUAUUCUGAAGGGAGAGGGCGAGCAGCCAGCUGUCUUGGUACAUGUUGGUACCAAAGACAUAGAUAGGAAAAGGGAGGAGGACCUGAAGAAAGAUUUCCGGGAGUUAGGAAGGAAGCUGAGAAGCAGGACCUCCAGGGUAGUAAUCUCAGGAUUGCUACCUGUGCCAUGUGCUAGCGAGGGCAAGAAUAGUAGGAUCAGGCGAUGGAUGCGUGGCUGAGAGACUGGUGCAGGGGGCAGGGCCUCAGAUUCUUGGAUCAUUGGGAUCUCUUUUGGGGGAGGUAUGACCUGUUCAAAAAGGACGGGUUACACCUGAACUCAAGGGGACCAAUAUCCUGGCGGGAAGGUUUAAUAGAGCUGUUAGGUUUAAACUAAUUCAGCAGGGGGAUGGGAACCAGAAUGAUAGAGCGGAGGAGGUGGAAAACAGAAAUAAAUCUAAGAUAGCAGUAAAGAUGUCAGGAAGGACAGGCAGGUGAUGGGACAAAUUUGCAGCCAUUGGAAUGAGUUGCAGUGCGAUAAAGUUGCAGUACAAUCAAAGCAAAAAGUAGCAAAUACUGGACUUAAGGUGUUAUACUUAAAUGCACACAGCAUACAGAAUAAGGUGGAUGUUCUUGUCAUACAGCUACAGAUUGGCAGGAAUGAUUGUGGCCAUCACUGAGACGUGGCUAAAGGAUUCAUGUCUCUGGGAGCUGAACGUCCAAGGAUACAUGGUGUAUCGGAAGGAUAGGCAGGUAGGCAGAGGGGAUGGCGUGGCUUUAUUGGUAAGAAAUGGUAUUAAAUCAUUAGAAAGAGUUGACAUAAGAUCAGAAGAUGCCAGAUCUUUAUGGGUUGAGCUAAGAAAUAGCAGGGGUAAAAGGACCCUGAUGGCAGUUAUAUACAGGCUGCCUAACAGCUGCAGUGAUGUGGACUACAAAUUACAACAGGAAAUAGAAAAGGCUUGGCAGAAGGACAGUGUUAUGAUAAUUGUGGGGGAUUUUAACAUGCAAGUGGAUUGUUAAAAUCAGGUUGGCACUGGAUCUCAAGAGAGAAAAUUUGUAGAAUGUCUACGAGAUGGCUUUUCAGAACAGCUUCUUGUUGAGCCCACUAGAGGAUCGGCUGUACUGGAUUGUGUAUUGUGUAAUGAACCAGAGGUGAUUAGAGAGAUGGAAGUGAAGGAACCCUUAGGAGGCAGUGAUCACAACAUGAUUGAGUUCACUGUGAAAUUUGAGAAAGAGAAGCCAAAAUCCGAUGUGUUGGUAUUUCAGUGGAGUAAAGGAAAUUACAAUGGCAUGAGAGAGGAACUGGCCAAGGUUGACUGGAAAGGGACACUAGCGGAAGGACGGCAGAGUGGCAGUGGCUGGUGUUUAUGCGAGAAGUGAGGAAGGUGCAAGACAGAUAUAUUCCAAAGAAGAAGAAAUUUUCAAAUGGAAAAAGGAUGCAACCGUGGCUGACGAGAGAAGUCAAAGCCAAAGUAAAAGCAAAGGAGAGGGCAUACAAGGAAGCAAAAAUUAGGGGAAGACAGGAUUGGGAAGUUUUUAAAAGCUUACAAAAGGAAACUAAGAAUGUCAUUAAGAGGGAAAAGAUGAACUAUGAAAGGAAGCUAGCAAAUAAUAUCAAAGAGGAUACUAAAAGCUUUUUCAAGUAUAUAAAGAGUAGAUAUAGGACCGAUAGAAAAUGAUGCUGGAGAAAUUGUAAUGGGAGAUAAGGAGAUGGUGAACGAGUAUUUUGCAUCAGUCUUCACUGAGGAAGACAUCAGCAAUAUACCAGAUACUCAAGGGCGUCAGGGAAGUGUGCGCAGUCACAAUUACGACAGAGAAAGUACUCAGGAAGCUGAAUAGUCUAAGGGUAGAUAAAUCUCCCGGACUAGAAGGAUUACACCCUCGUGUUCUGAAGGAAGUAGCUGUGGAGAUUGCGGAGGCAUUAGCAAUGAUCUUUCAAAACUCAAUAGAUUCUGGCAUGGUUCUGGAGGACUGGAAGAUUGCAAAUGUCACUCUGCUAUUUAAGAAGGGGGCAAGGAAGCAAAAAGGAAAUUGUAGACCUGUUAGCUUGACAUCGGUGGUUGGGAAGUUGUUGGGAGUCAAUUGUCAAGGAUGAGGUUACGGAGUACCUGGAGGCAUAUGACAAGACAGGCAGAACUCAGCAUGGUUUCCUUAAAAGAAAAUCCUGCCUGACAAACCUAGUGCAAUUUUUUGAGGAAAUUACAAGUAGGCUAGACAAGGGAGAUGCAGUGGAUGUUGUCUAUUUGGAUUUUCAGAAGGCCUUUGAUAAAGGUGCUGCACAUGAGGCUGCUAAACAAGAGCCCAUGGAAUUACAGGAAAGUUACAUACAUGGAUAGAGCAUUGGCUUAAUGGCAGGAAACGGAGAGUGGGAAUAAAGGGAUCCCAUUCCGGUUGGCUGCCAGUUACCAGUGGGGUUCCACAGGGGUCUGUGUUGGGGCCGCUUCUUUUUACGUUGUAUAUCAACAAUUUGGAUUAUGAAAUAGGUGUCUUUGUGGCUAAGUUUGCUGAUGAUACAAAGGUAGGUGGAGGGGCCGGUAGUGCUGAGAAAACAGAGAGUUUGCAGAGAGACUUGGAUAGAUUGGAGGAAUGGGCAAAGAAAUGGCAAUUGAAAUACAGUGUUGGAAAGUGUAUGGUCAUGCACUUUGGUAGAAGAAAUAAACGGGCAGACUAUUAUUUAAGUGGGGAGAGAAUUCAGAGUUCUGAGAUGCAACGGGACUUGGGAGUCCUCGUGCAGGAUAGCAGGAUGCAGGUUAAUCUCCAGGUUGAGUCGGUGGUGAAGAAGGCAAAUGCAAUGUUGGCAUUAAUUUCUAGAGGAAUAGAGUAUAGGAGCAGGGAUGUGAUGUUGAGGCUCUAUAAGGCACUGGUAAGACCUCACUUGGAAUACUGUGUGCAGUUCUGGGCUCCUUAUUUAAGAAAGGAUGUGCUGACAUUGGAGAGGAUUCAGAGAAGAUUCACGAGAAUGAUUUCAGGGAUGAGAGGGUUAACAUAUGGGUAACAUUUGACCGCUCUUGGACUGUACUCCUUGGAGUUUAGAAGAAUGAGGGGGGACCUCAUAGAAACAUUUCAAAUGUUGAAAGGCAUGGACAGAGUGGAUGUAGCAAAGUGGUUUCCCAUGGUGGGGGAGUCUAGUACGAGAGGGCAUGACUUAAGGAUUGAAGAGUGCCCAUUCAGACCAGAGAUGCGAAGAAAUUUUUUUAGCCAGAGGGUGGUGAAUCUGUGGAACUUUUGUCACAGGCGGCAGUGGAGGCCAAGUGAAGGCAGAGAUUGAUAGGUAUCUGAGUAGCCAGAGCAUCAAAGGUUAUGGUGAGAAGGCGGGAGAGUGGGACUAAAUGGGAGAUUGGAUCAGCUCAUGAUGAAAUGGCAGAGCAGGCUCGAUGGACCAAUGGCUGACUUCUGCUCCUUUGUCUUACGGUCUUAUCCUGUGCCUUUUGGAUUACUUCCAGAAACUCCAUCCACUGCUGCUCUGCCAUCAGCCCUGCCAGUGUUUUUUUUCAAUCGAUUCUAGUCAGCUCUUCUCUCAUGACUCUGCAAUUCCCUUUAUAAUACUCCAUUAUAAUACUGAUACAUAUGACUUUAGCUGCUUGAGGUUAUUUUACCUUAAGCUCUCUAAUCAAUUCUAGUUCGUUGCACAACAUCCAAUCCAGAAUAGCUGAUCUGCUGGUGGGCUCACCCUUGAAUUGCUCUGAAAAGCUAUCUGGUAGGUAUUCUAGAAAUUCUCCCUCUUGGAAUCCAGAACCAGCCUGAUUUUCCCAAUAUACCUGCAUAUUGAAGUCUCCCAUGAUUAUUUUAACUUUGUCAUUUUGGUAUGCAUUUUCUAUCUCGUUAUAAUUUGUAGUCCACAUUGUUACUACCAUUUGGGGAUCUGUACACAAUUCCCAUCAGGGUCUUUUUAUCCGUUCAGUUCCCUGGCUCUAUCCACAACGAUUCAACACCUUCUGACCCUAUGACACCUCUUUCUAAUGAUUUGAUUUCAUUGUUAACCAACAUAGCAAUGCCGCCCCCUCUGCUUUCCUGGUUGUCCUUUUGAUACAAUGUGUAUCCUUGAACAUUACGCUCCCAGCUAUAAUCUUCCUUCAACCAUGAAUCAGUGAUGCCUAAAACAUCAUACAUGCAGAUCUGUAACUGUGCUACAAGUUGAUUGACAUUCCGUAUACCUCACACAUCCAAAUAAAGGACCUUUAGUCCUGUAUUCACCCUUUUCAAUUUUGUCCACCUUUGACACUGCAACUUAUCCAGCUACCAUCACUCCAAUUUCCAUCCCCCUGCCAAAUUAGUUUAAAACCUCCAGAACAACUCUCACCAACCUACCCACAAGGAUAUUGAAUCCCUCAGGUUCAGGUGUAACCCAUCCCUUCCCCAGAAGAGAUCCCAGAGAUCCAUAAAUCUGAACCCCUGCCCCAGAUAGGAAUCAUCCUAUUCCUUCCCUCACUGGCAUGAGGACAGGCAGCAAUCCAGAGGUCCUAUUUCUCAGCUUUCUACCUAGCUCCCUAAAAUCUCUCUUCAGGACCUCCUCACCUUGUCUACCUAUGUCAUUGUGCCAGUAUGCUUACCCUCACCCCUAAGAAUCUCUAUCGCACCCACAGAAUCUCAUCUCUGUUCCUCUGACUAGGGAAUCUCAUAUCAACACUGUGGUCCUCUUCACCACUCUGCUCCCCUGAGCCACAGCACUAGAUUCAUUGCUAGAGACCCACUCACUGUGGCCCCCUCCUGGUAAGUGAAUUUGACUGUGGAAUGAUUGCUGGUGCCAGAUUGGGUGGUUUGAGCAUUUAAAAACUACUGGUCUCCUGGGAUUUUCAUGCACAGCAUGAUUUAGAGUUUACAGAGAAUGGUGCAAUAAAAAAAAACAUCCAGCAAGCAGCAGUUCUGUGCACAGAAAUGCCUUGUUAAUGAGAAGAUGGGUGGCUCACACUGACAGGAAGGCUACAGUAGCUGAAAUAACCACACGUGUCGAAGAGCAUCUCUGAAUGCACAACACAUCAAACCUAAAUGUGGAUAGGCUACAGCAGCUGAAGACCACAAAGACACUCAGUGGCCACUUUAUUAGGUACAAGAGGAAUCUAAUAAUGUAGCCACUGAUUGUAAGACAACACUACUCAAUAAAGGUCCUUUGGCACAUGAUAUUGUGCCGACUGUUUGUCCUUUCCCUCCAUUAUAGUCCUCCAUUUUUCUAUCAUGCAUGCGCCCGUUUCUUAAAUGUCCCCAGUAGGCCUACCUUUCCCACCACCCUUGGCCAGUACAAUGCAAGAAUUUAAAUAUCAAAGCUCCAGGCAUAUUACCUGCAUAUCAUUCUCAGAGCAGAAAUGAAGAUGUAAUGUGAUCACAUGAAUUGAGACAGGCAGCUGUAGAGAAGGAUAUGGGAUCCACAUAUGCAGAAUGUUAGGGUGGAUUCCCUUCAUGGGGAACUGUGUGACUUUGGUUAAUGUGGGGAGGCUGAUGCAAGGGCAGCCACCACACGGUCCUUGACAGAUUGGGGUCAGGGUCCAGUAGCAAGGAAUGCAAAACGACUGGGGUCCCUCACUACUGCAGUGUUCCUCCAUUUUCACUGUUGUUGUGAUAUGUCAUCAUCUUCCACCAGCUCCACUGCUAGGUAGUCUUAAUCUGGAACCUCCCCUUGGCCUUACCACUGUGAGUGACCCUUCCAGGGCCAUAAGACUUUCAGCCCAUCGAGUCUGUUCUGCCAGUCCAUCAGAAUAGGCCCUUCUGUCUCUUAGAUCCAUGCUGCCCAGCAAUCCUAUGAUUGAACCCUGACCUAUUCUCUGGACAACUAACCGAGUAGCCGGUACAUCUUUCUGGGAGGAAACUGGUGCACCCAGGAAAAACCCGCGCAGUGACAGGGAGAUUGUACCAACUCUGUACGGACUGCAGCAGGGACUGCUAUUGUAAAGUGUUGUGCUAACCACUAUGCUACACUGUCUCAUCUCCCUCUGAACCCCAUUCUCCUGCCUGCUCUCCAUCAUUUUUGAUGCCCUGAUUAAUCAACUUCCACCAUAAAUUUAUUCAAUGACUUGGCCUGCGCUGCCAUCUAUGGCAAUGAAUUACACAAAUUCACCACCCUCUGGCUGAUAUUUUUCCUUAUUUCUGUUCUAAACAGACAUCCUUCUAUUCUGAGGCUGUGCCCCCUGGUCCUUGACUCACCCACUAUAGGCAACAUCCCCUCUAUCCAGACCUUUCAAUAUUCUGUAGGAUUCAAUGAGACACCCCCAUCAUUCUUCAAAUUCCAGUGAACACAGAAACAGAGCCAUCAAAUGCUCCUGAUAUGUUAAUCCUUUCAAAGAGAAUAUUUCCUGUGGUGGGAGAGUCUAAGAACAGAGGACACUGUCUCAGAAUAUUGUGUGCAGUUUUGGUCACCGAAUUACAGGAAGUAUACUAAUAAGGUUGAAAGAGUGCAGAGAAGGUUUACAAGGAUGUUGCUGGGACUUGAGAAACUGAGUUACAGAGAAAGGUUGAAUAGGUUAGGAUGUUAUUCCCUGGAGCAUAGAAGAAUGAGGGGAGACUUGAUAGAGGUAUAUAAAAUUAUGAUAGGUAUAGAUAGAGUGAAUGUAAGCAGGCUUUUUCCACUGAGGCUAGGGGAGAAAAAAACCCAGAGGUCAUGGGUUAAGGGUGAAGGGGGAAAAGUUUAAAGGGAAUAUUGGGGGGGGGGUUUCUUCACAGAGUGGUGGGAGUGUGGAAUGAGCUGCCAUUUUAAGUGUUGAAUGCGGGCUCAUUUUUAACAUUUAAGAAAAACUUAAAUGGGUACAUGGAUGAGAGGUGUAUGGACGGAUAUGGUCUAGGUGCAGGUCAGUGGAACUAGGCAGAAAAAUGGUUUGGCACAACCAAGAAAGGCCAAAAGGCCUGUUUCUGUGCUGUAAUGUUCUGGGUAAUAGAGGGGUGUCCUUUUAGAACAGGGGAGGAAUCUCUUUAGCCAGAGUAGAACCCUUUGCCACAAGCAGCCAUGGAGGCCACGUCUUUAUAUAUGUUUAAGGCAGGGGUUGAUAGAUUCUUGAUUAAUCAGGGCAUGAAGGGAUAUGGGGAGGAGGCAGGAGACUGGGGCUGAGAGGAAACUGGAUUAACCAUGAUGAAAUAGCAGAGCAGACUCUAUGGGCCAAACGACCUAAUUCUGCUCCUAUAUCUUAUGGUCCUAUAAAGCCUCAGCACCGCAUCUUUGCUUUUGUAUUCUUAUCUUCUUGAAAUUAAUGCUAUAUUGCUAUUGCCUUCCUUAGCACUAACUCAGCUUAUAGGGAAUCCUGCACGAGAACUCCCAAUUACUUUUGCACCUGAUUUUUGAGUUUUCUUGCCAUUUAGAAAAUAGUCCACACCUUUAUUCCUUCUACCGAUGUUCAUGACCAUACACUUCCCUACACUAGGGCAGCGCAGUAGUGUAGUGAUUAGCAAAAUGCUUUACAGUAACUGGAACCCUGUCUCCCUGUGACAGUGUGGGUUUCCUCUGGGUGCUUUGGUUUCCUCCCACAGUGCAAAGACGUACCUGUUGGUAGGUUAAUUGGUCAUUUUAAAUUGUCCCAUGAUUAGGCUUGGGUUAAAACAGUUGCUGGGUGGUGUGGAAGGAUCUAUGGACCACUGUAUCUUAAAUAAAUAAAUUAUAUAAGCCACUUCUUUGUGCAUUCUCCCAAUCUGCAUCGUACUGAAAUAAUACUGUUACAAGCUAAAAUGAAAGAUCAUUGAAAAGACUGCAUUCUAAUUAAGAAUGUUCUUAGUAAUUGUUAAUGUGGAUAUCACCAGUGGGGAUGUAAAGGUACAUUAAUUAUUUCACGUCCAUUUGGAGUAAUGUGGGCGAUAGAUUUCCUGAAGUAAAGAACCUUAGUGAAUCUGUUUUGGGCUGAUGACAAUGAGAAUUCUACAGUCAAUAUUCAUCAAUAAAUCACCAAAUUAAUCAAACUCAGUUUUACAAUGUGCCAAGUUGGAAUUUAAACUCUUGGCCAAGGACCUGGAGUGAAAUUACCUGUAGUGUACACACACACACUUGAAUUCAACACAAGGGGCUCGUUCCACUUCUUCAUAACAUGACUGAUCAAUUUGUUAACUUGACUCUGCAUUCCUGCUCAAUUUGUUCCAUUUCAUCCCUUGUUACUCAAUCUACUUUUGCCUAAGCAAUCCACUUCCAAUAAACAUGAGAAAAAAGACCCAAAAUUCUGUGAGAGUGAGUAAGGCCUCCAUUGGUCAGGAUUGACCCUGGAUAUUGCAUCCUAGCUGUCUAGAUAUGCAAGCUUGGGCAGUAUGACACGGAGAGAAGCUCUCCCUCUCCACGCAGAUGAUGAACCCAAAGGAACGGCAGAGACUAAUACAGUUUGGCACCAGUGGCAUUCCAGAAGUUGCCAGUCAGCGUUUAACUCACCAUAGGACUGCCUUAGGGACUCUAGCUCUAGAUUUCUUCCUCAAGGCUUACUCCCAAAACCUUCCCAAGGGUGGGUGUAGCCACAAGGCAUCAGAGGUUUGAGAUCAAAGUUUUCCUUCUCCUUCGUGAGCUACCAACCAUAGCCGACAAGCUCCAUGUGCCCGAAGCAACUGGUUUUAAGGCACCUUUGUCCCUUCUGUAUAACAUACAAAUACUGAAGAAACUGAGCAGGUCAGGCAGCCUCUAUGGAAAGGAAUAAACAGUCAAGACCCUCGGCUGGAAACUUAAGACUGUUUAUUCCCCUCCAUAAAUGCUACCUGACCUGCAGAGUUCCUCCAGCAUUUUCUGUGUGUUGCUCUGGAUUUCCAGUAUCUGCAAAAUCGCUUGUGGUUACCAUUUGAGUACAUCUUGUACCAAUGCACUAAAUGUCCUACUUUAACCUCCAGUUUUAAAGUACAUUGUUGACAGUCAUAAACACAAGGUACAUACGUUAGGGCAUCAAAAGUUAUGGCGGAAAAUGGGUUCCUUUCUAGUCCUGAUGAAGG